AUGACGGAACGUCGUACAUUACGGAUAUUGCGAUUGGCCAAACUAUUGAGUAUGCUUCGACUACUACGCCUCACACGACUUGUCCGCUACGUCAGUCAGUGGGAAGAGUUUUUAAACAUCGCCAGCAAAUUCAUGGGUAUAUUCAACCUCGUCCUUCUGAUGCUAUUACUUGGACACUGGAACGCCUGCCUUCAGUAUCUUAUUCCAAUGCUAAUGGAGUUUCCUCCGGAUUCGUGGGUUAAACGAUGCAAACUAGAGAAUGCGGACUGGUUUCAGCAGUACACAUGGGCUCUAUUCAAAGCCAUGUCACAUAUGCUUUCUAUCGGUUACGGACGUUUCCCACCAAUCAGUAUAGGGGAUGCUUGGAUCACGAUCGUGAGCAUGAUGAGCGGAGCCACGUGUUACGCCCUGUUCGUGGGUCAUGCGGCCGCUCUCAUUCAAUCGUUCGAUACAUCAAAACGGCUCUAUCGAGAAAAGUUCAAACAAGUUGAAGAGUACAUGGCCUAUCGAAAGCUACCACGGGCUCUGAGACAGCGGAUCGCAAAUUAUUACGAGCAUCGCUAUCAAGGCAAAAUGUUUGAUGAGGCUCAAAUACUCAACGAGUUUUCCGAAUGUUUGCGAGAACAAAUCAUCAACUACAACUGUCGUGCCCUGGUUGCGGCAGUACCUUUCUUCACGUAUGCGGAUCAAGAUUUCGUAUCCGAGGUUGUAACGAAGUUGAAAUUUGAAGUUUUUCAACCGGGAGAUUUGAUAAUCAAGGAGGGAACUAUGGGAAACAAAAUGUAUUUCAUUCAAGAAGGGAUUGUAGAUAUCAUUACAAAAGAUGGUGAAGUAGCUACCAGCCUCUCAGAUGGUUCCUAUUUUGGAGAAAUAUGUUUGCUCACAAAUGCACGUCGGGUAGCGAGCGUCAAGGCUGUAGUGUAUUCAAACCUCUACUCACUGGAUCGCGAAAGUUUCCUCUCCGUGUUGGACAACUAUCCACUGAUGCGCCGCACUAUGGAAUCGGUGGCAGCUGAGCGAUUGAGCAAAAUAGGACAAAAUCCGGCAAUUGUGAGCAAUAGAGAAGAUUUAAAGGAGGAUUUGAGUUUGGUAAAGGAGAUUGUCAGCUCGGCUGUCACACCGGAGGUUAGCAGUUCCGAACAGGAAUCAGAGAAUGAUGAGACACAGUCCUAUUUGAACUUGAAACAUCUGCUCAAGUUGGGAAAACAUAAAAGACAGAGCCGUCGAAGUCGCACAGGUGGAGACACUGAUUCCAAAUAUGAGGACCAAGACGAAGAACCUGCGGUUGACCAUUUGAGUUUGAGUGAUAACCUCAGACCGAAAAUAAGCAUACCAAAUGCAUUUGGGAAUAUGAGUCGAUUGUUCCGAAGUUCUGCCAAACAAAGGUCACAAAUUACCUCAUCCCCGGAACGUGGAGACGAGAAGAGGCAAACCACAUCGGUACAGCAAAGUCCCGACAGUCAAGCUACUAGAGAACGAGACAGUGAAACCAGUGAGACAAUCGGUUAUCCCGCUUCGCAAAAUUCCUUAACCCAAGCAAAUCCAACGAUUGCUGUCAGUUCCGAUAUUGAUGUGAUCAUUCAACAUGCCACACCGGAACAUAGCCAAAAGUCAUCCGAGAACCAGCCAUGA